AUGGCUGAUCUGUUAUUUGAUGCUCUAAAGUCGGUAUUACUCGGUGAUUCGUAUUCCGUCGAGCAAGAAUCGACACUCCAUUACGAUGAUGUCCAAGACGCAGACGAAAAAUAUGAAGACGAAGACAAAAAGUUUGAAGACGACAAUGCCGAAAUCGAUUCCGAUUUUGAUAUCGAUGUUGAAACAGCUGGUAGCGUUUCUCAAGCUGAAAAUUUAUCACCGGAGUACAUGACAAGUGCACUUGAGUAUUACGACGAAAGAGACGAAAAAGGAAAUCGGAAGCACCCGUUCACGUCAGUGAAGAAUCGUUUCAAAAGAAUUCAUCAUCAGUCAGCUAUAGCAAGAUUCAGGAAAGAUAUUAAACAAUGA